AUUCAUUAGUUAAGCUUUAAAAUUUUAUACUUUUCCUUUUCUAACUUAAAGUCUACAUAUGUAUAAUGUUGCCGAGUAGUAUGGCGAAAUAUAUUUACCUCUAUCUAUCUUACAAGAUGAAAAUUUUGAAUGGGAUCUGAUUUAUCAUUAAAUCAUAGAUAUUUGAGUUCACGAAGAAAAAUCGUUAAGUGUAAUUUUCAAAAAGAGAAUUGUUUUCUCCAUAGGCAUCAACACAUACAAAAAAAUCUCAGAUAAACACUAAAUAAUGUUUGAAUCUUGUAAUUGUUUAUAAUCAUUACUAAAAGAAAGAUUCUACCUAAUUUGAUAUAUAGAUUAUCAUAUACAUAUUAAAUUUGUAAUCUGAUUUAGAGAUAAUUAUACAUUUACAAUCAAUACAAAUAUAUUUUAGAAAUAUAUUUUAUGAGCUGUGAUCAAAAAGAUAGAGAUUCAGCAAUAGCAAAAACUCAGAUGUAAUGACUGAUGGUAAUCAAGGAUUUAUUGCUGUUCAUGUGGGGUAUACAGAAUUUAAAGACUGGUGGUAGUUCAUUAGAUGCUGUAGUUGAAACUGUAAUAGUAUUAGAAGACUCUCCCUUAACUAAUGCUGGAUUUGGGUCUAAUCUUACAUUGGAAGGAACAGUAGAAUGUGACGCAAGUGUAAUGGAUGGUGCUACAUUACAAUUCGGGGCAAUUGGUGCAGUUGGCGGAAUAAAAAAUCCUAUUUUAUUGGCAAAACGAAUUUGUGAACAUCAGUCAAUUAAAAUUGCAUAUGGCAGAAUUCCACCGAGUAUACUAAACAAAGAAUGGAUACAGUUGGAGCAGUAUGUGUUGAUAAAGAUGGAAAUAUUGCCGGAGCUUGUUCUAGUGGUGGUAUCAUUCUAAAAUAUCCAGGAAGAGUAGGACAGGCAGGAAUGUGGGGAUGUGGAACAUGGGCUUAUAAAGACAAGUAUUCUAUAGGAACAAGCACCUCAGGCUGUGGAGAACAUCUUAUUCGCACUUUGCUAGCACGAACAAUUGCAGAAGCCAUAUCACAUAAUUCUUGUCCUAUUACCAACUUGUACCAUUCUAUGAAAGCUGAUUUUAUCGAUUCGAAAUUCUUGUGUGGACUUGAACAGAAACUUGGAGGUGUUAUCGCUAUUCGAUAUGCCCCUCAAGAAGGAGUAGGAGAUUUGCUUUGGAGCCAUUCUACAAAUUCAAUGAUAAUAGGUUACAUGAACUCGAAUGAACAAACACCAAUGAGUCACAUGGCUGUUCUUCCAUCUCAUGAAGUUGGCAAGAAAGCAAUUGUCGAAGGAAUUUGUUUUAAAAUUACAUAAUACGUUAAUCAAUUUAUGACUGACAUUACACGAUAUUAUUUUAUAAAAAAUGAUGUAUUACUUCUAAAUUUUAUAAAUGAUUUCGUACUUUUAUGUUGUAUAUAAAAAUUUUUGAUCAAAACUGAUUAAUAAAGUAAUCUUUUUAUACAUAUU